UCCUUGUGAUCGUUUAGCACGCAGUGUCACUGGACAUCAGUCCCGGUGUUCUGCUGAUUAACGCUCUGCAAGUCACUGGCCGCAGUCAUACUCAGGCUGAUGUAUAACUGUGAGGGAUGGUGGUGCUGCUGCUGGUAAUAGGUGUCAUUGGUUUGGGUUCGUUGACACUGUCUUAAUCGGCAGGAGAGAGAUCCUUGAAUUGGAAGCCAUACAAAAGAUUCACUAGGCUGAUUCAUGAAAACGUCAGCAGUCAUGGCAACAUGCCAGGAAUUCAUUCAACAAAACGAAGAGCGUGACGGUGUUCGGUUCAGCUGGAACGUGUGGCCAUCCAGUCGACUUGAGGCUACCCGCAUGGUGGUUCCUUUGGCUUGUCUCUUUACGCCUUUAAAAGAACGCCCAGAUCUGCCACCAAUACAAUAUGAACCUGUUCUAUGCAGCAGAGCUACCUGUAGGGCUGUCCUUAAUCCAUUGUGUCAAGUGGACUACAGAGCAAAACUAUGGGCGUGCAAUUUUUGUUUCCAGAGAAACCAGUUUUCACCGUCUUACUCAGGCAUUUCUGAAGUGAAUCAGCCAGCUGAACUACUGCCACAGUUUUCAACUAUUGAAUAUGUUGUCCAGCGAGGUACUCCUGCCCCUCUCAUCUUCCUGUAUGUGGUGGAUACUUGCCUGGAGGAAGAUGAUCUUCAGGCUCUGAAGGAAUCAUUGCAGAUGUCCCUAAGUCUGCUCCCUUCCAACGCUCUAGUUGGUCUGAUUACGUUUGGUCGAAUGGUACAGGUCCAUGAACUGAACUGUGAAGGGAUUUCCAAAAGCUAUGUCUUCAGGGGAACAAAGGACCUGACCGCAAAGCAAAUUCAGGAUAUGUUGGGCCUGACAAAGCCAUCUGCAGCAGUUCAAGGAAGGGCUCCUCAACCACAGGAACAUUCUGGCAUAUCUAGCAGGUUCUUGCAGCCAGUGCAGAAGAUUGACAUGAACUUGACAGACCUGCUUGGAGAACUCCAGAGAGACCCCUGGCCUGUACCUCAAGGAAAAAGACCCUUGCGAUCUAGUGGUGUCGCCCUUUCCAUAGCAGUUGGUUUGCUGGAGGGUAGCUUUCCUAACACUGGAGCUAGAAUAAUGUUGUUCACUGGAGGACCACCUACCCAAGGCCCUGGCAUGGUGGUGGGGGAUGAGCUUAAAUCACCCAUUCGCUCAUGGCAUGAUAUAGAAAAGGAUAAUGCACGUUUCCUGAAAAAAGCGACUAAGCACUAUGAGGCUCUAGCAAACCGUGCAGCAGUAAAUGGACAUUGCAUUGACAUCUAUGCUUGUGCCCUGGAUCAGACAGGUCUUUUGGAAUUAAAGUGUUGCUGCAACCUGACUAGAGGUUACAUUGUGAUGGGGGACUCCUUCAACACUUCCCUGUUCAAGCAAACAUUUCAAAGGGUUUUCAGCAAAGGUCUUCAGGGGGAUUUCAGGAUGGCAUUUGGUGCCACAUUAGAGCUUAAGACAACUAGAGAACUGAAGAUUGCCGGUGCAAUUGGGACCUGUGUCUCUCUGAACUCCAAAGGCCCUUCUGUGUCUGAGAAUGAGCUGGGUGUAGGUGGUACAUGCCAAUGGAAAAUUUGCAGUUUGGAUCCCUGCACUACAAUGGGGAUGUACUUUGAAGUGGUAAAUCAGCAUAAUGCACCAAUUCCUCAGGGUGGACGAGGCGCUAUUCAGUUUGUCACUCAUUACCAGCACUCCAGUGGCCAGAGACGCAUCCGAGUCACUACAGUUGCCAGAAACUGGGCAGAUGCGCAGAGUCAACUCCAGCAGAUAGAAGCUGCAUUUGAUCAGGAAGCAUCAGCUGUGUUGAUGGCAAGACUGGGAGUUUUUAGGGCUGAGUCUGAGGAAGGUCCCGAUGUACUUCGUUGGUUGGACAGACAGCUAAUCCGACUAUGUCAGAAGUUUGGCCAGUUCCACAAAGAUGAUCCUAACUCCUUCAGACUUUCAGAGACAUUUUCCCUUUAUCCACAGUUUAUGUUCCAUCUGAGAAGAUCACCUUUCCUUCAAGUUUUCAAUAAUAGCCCUGAUGAGUCAACAUACUACCGGCAUCAUUUCAUGCGACAAGAUCUAACACAGUCUCUAAUCAUGAUUCAACCUGUUCUGUAUUCUUACUCUUUCUAUGGCCCACCCGAGCCAGUGCUUUUAGACAGUAGCAGUAUCUUGCCAGAUCGGAUACUCCUCAUGGACACUUUCUUCCAGAUUGUUAUCUAUCACGGAGAGACUAUAGCUCAGUGGCGGAAGGCUGGAUAUCAAGAAAUGCAGGAGUAUGAGAACUUCAAACAACUUUUGCAAGCUCCCCUGGAUGAUGCUCAGGAAAUCCUUCAGACCCGCUUUCCAAUGCCUCGUUAUGUUGACACAGAACAUGGUCAGAGCCAGGCUCGAUUCCUUCUAUCAAAAGUGAAUCCAUCACAGACUUAUAACAACUUGUAUGCAUGGGGGCAGGAAUCUGGAGCACCUAUCUUGACUGACGAUGUUAGUCUUCAGGUUUUCAUGGAUCAUCUUAAAAAACUAGCUGUGUCUAGUGCUUCAUAAAUCUAUCUAUCUAUGUAUAGAAGAACACAAGGAAAAUACUGGGAAAUACUGGAUGUUACAUAGAUUCUUUAUUCUUGAUUUAUAACGGUUUAGUUUUGUUCAUGUUUCAUCCUUCGUAUUUGAUUUGUUAUAUCACUUGGUCUCUUUCGUUCUCAAAAUCACUGCAUCCUUAUGAGCAAUAUUUUAUUUUCUAGUUAUAUUGUAAGCACGAUAACAUACCAUUCCAUCUAUCUUUUAUAUAAAUGCCAGAGCUAGAAAUAAAUAACUUAAAACUGUUGUCUACUUAUCAGUCUAAAUUAACUUUAAAUAUUAUUUAUAUGGGGUAUUUUUAAGCCUGUUCUGAAACUAUACUGUUAUUUUUGCCUAACUGUUUGUUAAGGGUAAUUGGAAAUUUAAGCAGAAAAAAUAUUGAAUUUGAAGAUUGUGUUGCAAAAUCAUUCAAUGUAAAAUCCCCGCUUUUUGGGAAGAUAAUUUGAGGACGUUGUGCAUUAUAGUGAAUGUCAUAAAUACAGUUACCUUGAGUACUUUUACAGGCUAGGUUUGAUUUGUUAUUUUGCUUACAUUGAAGCAGCCCAUACCCAUAUGCAGGGAAACCUGGAAAACAUCUAGGCUUGGGCUGGUAAGUGGCAAAUUACAUUUCAUACCACACAAGUGACAGGCAAUGACCAUUUCCAACAAUAGAAUAUCUAACCAUCUCUUCUUGAUAUCCAGUCGCAUUGCCAAAACUGAAUCUUCUGCUAUCAACAUCCUUGGGUCACCAUUGACCAGUAAUCUAACUGUUCCAGCCAUAAAAAAUACUGUAGUUAUAAGACCACGCCAGAGAGUAGAAUUUCCGCACAAAUUAACUCAUUUCCUGUCUCCCAUCUAUGUAGCCCAAGUCAGUGGUGUAAUGGAAUACUUGCCUGGAUGAAUGUAGUUCCAACAACACACAAAGAACUUAACAUCAUUGGGGACAAAGCAACUCAUUUAAUUAGUUUCCCAUCCACCACCUUCAACAUUCAAUGUACAGUGGAAGCAGCAUGUAUGCCAUCCACAACAUAUACUUCUUACCCAGGCUGCUUUGAUAGCCCCUUCCAAACCCACAACUCUACCAUGUAGAAGCACAAGGGCAGUGGAUGCAUGGGAACAGCACCACUUGCAAGUUUUCCUCCAAGCCCAUACAUCCAUCUUGACUUGGAAGUAGCCUUUCACUGUCUGUGGGUCAAAAUGCUGAAACUGCCUUCCUAACAGCACUGUAAAUGUAUAUACACACCUCGGGCUGCAGUGCUUGAUGAAGCCAGCUCAGUACCACUUUUGAGCAAUUAGGUGUGUGCAAUAAAUAUUGCUCACCGGUGAUAGUAACUUUCCAUGAACAAAUAAACACAAUUCUGCCUUUGUCAAGCAUUAAGUUUUUGUUUUGACCUUAUUGUGAAAAUGAUUUUAAUUCUGACUGAACGAACCUGAAUUGAGCAAUCAGUGUGUGGAGCUGGAUGAACACAGCAGGCCAAGCAGCAUCUUAGGAGCACAAAAGCUGACAUUCCAGGCCUAGACCCUUCAUCAGAAAAUUUGUUAUCUCAGAUUCUCCAGCAUCUGCAGUUCCCAUUAUCUCUUGAGGAAUCAACACUUUUUCUUUUUAUUCCCUGAAGCAGGGCAGGGUUCAGAAAAGGAAAUAUCUUUGAUAGCUAAGAUUGAAAAAAGGUAUAAUGACAAUACCUGCUAAAAUCUUGCUGAUUUUCUUAAUUGUAGAUUUUUUUUCCCUCCAUUUAGGCCACAGAUUUGAUCUUCAAAUUAUCUUCUAACUGUCCAAAAUCAAAGGUUCCACUCACUAGUCAUAGAGAAAAAAAAUCCAUGCAAGUCAGUGGAGGGGUGUGUGUUGUAUGAAAAGUAUAACAGCAAUUAUUUAGCAUCUUUAAUACAGUAAAAUAACACAUCAUGAGACAGUAAUAUCAUUAUCAAAAUUUGUUACUAUCCACAAAAGUCAAUGGGAGGUAAUUGACUUGAAAAGUUAACUUUGUUCGUGUUACUUUUCAAAUUUAAGAUGCCACUGGGAUAGAUCAAGUGUAGAGGAGCAAUAAAUUUAGUAAGAAAAUUUUGAGUUGUCAGCCUCAGCAGAUGAAAGCAUUAGGUAAGGUUCACAGCAAUGAGAUUUGAGGAUGAAGGAAAAGCAAAGGCGAAUGCCCAAAACUUUCUGGAAUCAGAGAAACAACAGAGAGAGGGCAAGUCAAAUGACCUGUGGGAGAGAGAGUACAUGUUAUUACUGGAGUGGAGGAAGUAGGUUUUCCACCUGAAAUGAAAAAUAAAAAUGAACACCAUAUUGUUUCAAUAAAUUGUUAAUGACCUUGGAAUUCUACCUAAUGUUUUUAGCUUAAAAUUACAUAGGUAUUUUCCGAAAGCCAACGGUUUUGAUUUCCAGGUAAAAGGUUAGGGAUAUGAGAAUGCCCUUUCAAAAACCCAAAUGAUGCUGUCCAUCUCCUGGAUAAUGAACAAAGUUCCCGUUAAAUUUCUUCACUUGGUAACUGAGACAAACCAUUGUUUAAUGAAAUAUGGCAUUGAUUUUGCUUUGAUACUACAUUUAUAGAAUUUGUGACACGAUUGGUCAUGACACACUUUGCACAUACUGUUGAGGUAUUUAUACAGUUGUAUUCACUUAUUCAUUUUAUUAUCAGUUCUGUACAAUGGUCAUAUUUAAUUUUGUUUAAAUACUGAAAGAACUCCAGAUGCUGUAAAUCAGUGACAAAAAUAGAAAUUGCUGGAAAAGCUCAGCAGGUCUGACAGCAUAAGUGGACAGAAAUCAGUUAAUAUUUUGGGUUGAGUAACCCUUUCUUUACCCCCUUGCCUAAAAUGUUUCCAAUCACGCUAGAAACUGAUCAGAUUGCCCACUAUACUACUAACAGUAACUGUGAAAGAUGGUGGUGACUUUAUUUAGCAUCUAAUCUGAAUAAAUCAUUUUAAAUCAA